CGCCGUAGUUCGCUAUGUGCGUUUUUCGUGCGAAGAUGGCGUCUGCACAGCUAACGGAUGAGGAGCUUUUCUCUGAAUUAAAACGACUCGGCUUUACACCCGGCCCGGUGACGGAGAACACGCGACCGGUGUAUUUGAAGAAACUGAAAAAGCUGCGAGAGGAGCAGCCACAAUCGCGAGGAUCCCGGAGCGGGAAAGGGCGCAACAGCACCGGGACGAUCAGCAACAACGGCGGCGGCAGUAGUAGCGGUAGCGGUAACGCCGCGGCGCGAGCUCCGGGAUUAAGCGCCAGGCCACCGGGCAGUGACGUCACGCGUCGGAGCGCCGGCGGACGACCGACGCCGAACGAAAAGCGCAGGACAGACAGAACCGGAAAGUUCGUGCUGGGCUUUAGCUCGGACGAGUCGGACGUGGAGGCGCCUCAGAAGAAAGCAGGCCCGAACCUCGGCAGCGCCAGCAGGAGAGACCGCGGAUCCGCGUUACAGACACCCAUCAGGCCCGCGGGAACACCCGCCGCCGCUCGCAGGAGCGAACACAGAUACUCUCUCGGGUUGUCCGUGGACAGAAAAAGCACAUCGGGGUCUCCGUGGUGGGCUACGUCCCGUAUAGAUGCGGAUGGUAGAGACUACGGUGAGCCUAACGACAAUUUGGAAGAGACGGAGACUAACAGCCGGGCUAUAAACGGGAAUAAGACGUUUUACGUGUCGAGUAACGUUAGUAGUAAUAGUAGUAAGCUAGUCAAGGAUUACUCCGAUUCCGACGAGGAGGAGGAAGAGGGCGAUCGAGACCGUCCCCGCCGUUUAACUUCCAGACACAGUCCGCCUAAAUCAUCUUCCUCUUCCCCGUAUAUAAGCGCCCGGGGCUCGGAGAAGACUCCGGACUUUAGCAGCCUAGACAUGGUUGUAGAACGGAAGGAGGGCGAUGAUAAGGAACCGAUGGCGUUUAGGGCAGGCUUCCUGAGCCACAACUACCCAAAACAGUCAGUGUUGUUCUCCGUGGACGACGGUAACAGCAGCCCAUCUGCUUUUACGAAGAACCACCUCGACAACGGGGAUGACGAGCCCGCCAGCAGCAGUAGUAGGUUUAGUAUCGGGCUAAGACCGCGGUUUUCCUCUUACACCGGUCUGUCUGCGACCUACCGACCGAACCACUCGAACCACACCGGUUCGAACCACUCCUACAGUCAUUCCUCAUCCCUUAAGCCCAAGCACACGACGGUCCCGGAGGACGAGCUCCUGCAGCAGUUUAAACGAGAGGAGGUGUCCGCCACCGGGGGCUUCAGCGCGCAUUACUUGUCCAUGAUCCUCCUGACGGCCGCCUGCUUGUUCUUCGUGGUCCUGGGCCUCAUGUACCUGCGGAUGCGGGGCUCCAGCAUCUCAGAGACGGAUGCUGCAAUUAAGAGCCACCCCUUUGGACCUGAGUUUGAUGAGCAGUAUGACGUCAAAGACAGAGACCUCAUCCUCAACCUUCUCCUUUCUCUACAUGACUACCUAGCCAAUGUCGCAGGAGAACACGAUUGUGUGGAUCCCAACAAUCCUUUAAACAGAAGCGUCUCCUUCAGCGAAGCCUCCGAGUACCUCAAGCUUCAAAAUGAAGCCUAUGAAGACUUGAUUGAAACGUCUUUAGAAUGGAUCAUUAAAACCAAAGAUGUUGUUGGAAUAAGGUUGAUUGGUGUUAACCCUGAUGAACCCAUAGAGGACGUAUCGGACAUCUCUCGGCUGGAGUCCAUCUACCCCCGCAUGUCCUUUUUCUGCCGCUUCAGACGGGCCUUCUUCACCGUCAUCCACAGAAUUCUCCUCAUCCUUGCAGCCAUCGGUGUAGUUUGGGGUUUGGUCUAUUAUAUGAAAUACAGAUGGCGCAGAGAAGAAGAGGAAACCAGGCAGAUGUAUGACAUGGUGGAGAGGAUCAUCGAUUUAAUGAGGAGCCAUAAUGAGGCCAGUCAGGAGAACAAGGACCUGCAGCAGUACUUGCCCAUUCCUCACGUCCGUGACUCUCUGGUCCAGCCUCAGGACAGAAAAAAGAUGAAGAGAGUAUGGGACAGGGCUGUUGCGUUCCUCUCAGCCAAUGAGUCUCGCAUUCGGACAGAAACCCAGAGAAUUGGUGGGGCAGAUUUCAUGGUGUGGAGGUGGCUUCAACCCUCAAUGUCACCUGAUAAGAUGUCCAGCAUUCCCUCCAAAGUGUGGCAAGGCAAAGCUUUUCCAUUGGACCGAAGAAAUUCACCGCCAAACAGCUUAACGCCAUGCUUAAAGAUUCGCAACAUGUUCGACCCUAUAAUGGAAGAGGGGGAAAACUGGCACCUUGCCAUUCAAGAAGCCAUUUUGGAGAAAUGCAGCGAGAAUGAUGGAAUCGUUCACAUAGCUGUUGACAAAAACUCAAGAGAGGGCUGUGUUUAUGUGAAGUGCCUUUCAGCAGAGCAUUCUGGGAAAGCCUUCAAAGCACUUCAUGGCUCCUGGUUUGAUGGUAAGCUUGUAACUGUAAAGUACCUGCGCCUGGAUCGCUACCACCAGCGUUUCCCACAAGCCCUGGGCUGCAACACACCCCUCAAGCCCACCAGCUCCAGCAUGAACAGCAUGUCACGCCUGAACCAGCGAUCCAGCACGUCCAGCUCUCUGUGUUUCUCCUGAGGGACGUGCCGACUACCACCACCAUCCUCACCUCUCUCUCUUUUGCUAUAUUCAAGGCUCCUUUCUCCUGCGUCCUCCUCACCAAUGAGAACCGCAUUUGGGAGCUUUUACAGUAGGGCAACUUGAGUACACACAGUCAACUUCUGUCAGCUAUAUGCAAGCAAUGGCGUGUGAGCUGUUGUUAUUCCUUAUCCAUGUCCUUUGGUAUCAGGCAAAGCAAGUGAUAUGUGGACACUGGUUUAUAUCUGGUGGAAAGAGAGCUGCUUGGGCCUUCAAGAACCUUGUUUAGGAGAGGUGGACACCACGAUCCGCUUUCUUUCCCAUAUUUGGUGCAAGUGGACACACAAAUGUCCAUUUUCUCAAUGUGUUUUCUUUGUCCUUUUUUGAUACGCUGUCUUCAAGGACACAAUAUUGCUUCCAAUUCUGUUCAGAUUUCAAAACAAAUGAGAGCGAUCAAACUGUUAUUUUCGAUCUCAAGCAUCUGCUUUUUUACACAACUAACUCCCCUCCUUAAUUUCAAGGAGCUAUGUUGGGCUAUACAUAGCUGCAUGUGCUGGUUAAAGUAUGCCUAUAUUUAAGCUUUGAAUUGUGUCAUAUAUUGUGGAUGUUUAUUUUCCUGAGGAUGUUUUAGAUUAUGUAUUCGCGUUUGUUUUCCCUCUUCAUUUUUUUUGUAGUUUUUUUUAGUCCAUGAUCGGCAUGCGCACACUCUAGAGAAGGGGUGCUGUAAAUAUAUCAUUGAAUGGUGGUGGUUAAAAUCAUCUGUAUAAAAUUAAAAUCGUUAUAAGCUGUCGUUCAUUUCUUGCCAACAGAAUAACUACACUGAUUUUGCUGCGUUCUGAAACGUCCACAUGGUUGUAUUGGACAUGGCUUUGAAAGAGUAAUGAACAAUGGUUCUUUUCCCUUUUCAUGCUGUGUUUCUGAACACUAGUCACAGUUGUUACAGCCUGAUUAUAUUAAAGUAUAUAAUUAUUUACUGUUGUUUAUAUUUUAAAAGGUAUGCUUUCUCCAUUAUAAUUGAUGCAAAUAUUAUCUUUUUUUUUGUCCUUGCACAUAUCUUGAAAAUUUUAAUUCCACCCUGUCGCUGUUUUUAAAUGUCCCCAGUCUUUCUAAAAAUUCCAAAGGAGAUAUUGUAAGGAUGGAAGUUGUUUUGGAACUUCCUUUACACACUUGUGCUGCAGUCCCAGCCUGUCAGUCCAGAUCUGACGAUCCAUUCUGAUUUGUACUGGGACACAUUCAUAAACAGAGAGCAUGUCAUGCUGCUUUGUGUCUAUUUUGGAUCACAGAAAGAUUUAUCAGCUUUUGUUCAGAUGCAGUUUGGGUUGAUAUGAGGUAAAUAAAAUGUACUUGUUUAUUAAUUAUG